AUGUUGCCUCGAAUCGUCGCCUCACCCCUUUUCGUGCUGCUCUGCUUUUGGGUGUGCAUGCUGGCAGUUCUUGCUUUGCCUAUGCCUACUGGUGAUAGCAAAGACACUGUUCCGGUAUCUGAACACCAUCCCCCGACAGUCCUAGACCUAGAGCUCAACAUUAUCUUUUGCAACAUGGAUACCCUAGAUGAACACUCUAUGAUCAAGAUAGGAGAUACAAUCCUUCAUGCUACAACAUCAGAUACCUCGGUCCCGCGCCGGGAGGUCACUCUUAAACCUGAACAAUAUGUUUUCCGCCGGAAGCCAUCAAAGAGGUUUUUCCCCACCCAACCCAUUGGCAAAGCAAGGUUCCGAGAUGAGCAGGAUGUGCGGGAUGCUGUUGGAGAGAUGAUCGAGGGAUUAUAUUUGGACUGUGCUGCAGAAGUUGAGGGACCGCGGGAAUAUUGUCGAUGGAUCGGUGCUGGAAACAUACAGAAAAAUCUACAAUGA